AUGGUUUUGGAGGAUUUUGGUAUGGAAGAAGAAAUCAUAGCCGAUUUGGAGUUAAGUUAUCUACCUGCUGAGUUGAUCAAUACUUCAGGAUGUCCACCUGUGAUCAUUGCAAACGAUCGUCAGCUUCAUAAUUUUGUUCGAUUUGUUCAAAAGAGUGCUUCUACUCGAUUGUGUGUAACAUGUAAAGCCAAGGCUGAGAAUCCGAAUAAAGAAGCCUUUGAUCUUAACAAACCGCCAGCUGAUCCAUCUCCUGUGUAUGCUGAGAGGCAGGGGAAUAAGAAGAAUGAAAAGCGGAAAGGAGUCGCAGUUGAUGAGGAUGGGGACUAUGAUGCUGAUACCAUGAUCUCUGAAAAAGAGAACAUACAUAAAAUGUCAAAGUUUUCUCUGCUCCAUGUUGUUAAGGUCGGACAAUUUUUUGAGAACAAAACUUUGUUGAAGGCGACUUUCGAGAUGUGUGCAAUGAAGCAUAACUUUGACUACCAGGUUAUCAAAACGGAUAGACAACUUUGGUAUGUUAGAUGUGCAGAUAAUGCAUGCAAUUGGGGUGUUCGAGCAGAGUGUCUGAAGGAUUCAUCAUAUUUCAUGAUCAAGAAGUAUGUCGGUAAACAUACAUGCGCACCUUCAAGCAAAACCAAAGCGGGUAAGACUGCUUCAGCAAAAACAAUAGGCAGUCUGAUUAUGCAUAAGUAUGUAGGCGUCAAGGAAGGGCCGAAAUGUAAUGAUAUCAUACAGAUUAUGCGUAGUGAUCAUGGAUGCGAGAUAUCAAAAUCUUUAGCAUGGGAUGCGCGUGAAUAUGCGAUCAGUGCAGUUAGAGGUAUUCCAGAGAGAAGUUAUGGGAAAAUACCAAAAUACUUGCACAUGCUGAGAGAGGCUAAUCCAGGUACACACACAUCCUAUGAGAUUGACGGAAAUGAGAACUUUCGUUACCUAUUUAUUGCAUUUGGGCAAUCGAUAAGAGGAUUUAACAGAGUCAUGAGGCGGGUUAUUGUGAUCGAUGGGACCUUUUUGAAGAAUAAAUACAAAGGAGUUUUACUGGUUGCUACGGCUUUAGACGGAAAUUCAAAUUUGUAUCCUAUUGCGUUUGGAAUAGUCGACUCAGAGAAUGAGCGUUCUUGGGAAUGGUUUAUGAGACAACUUAAGGUUGUCAUUGCAGAUGAUCAUGAUUUGGCUUUUAUUUCAGACAGACAUGGGUCUAUCGCUAAGGCGUCCAAGGCUUAUCGAGUUUCUGAGUUUGAGAAGACAUUUGCUACUGUGUGUAAUAUCAGUCCGGCAAUUGGAGAUUAUCUUAGGGAAGCUGAUGUGCAAAAAUGGGCUAGAUGUCAAUUCCCUGGAUACAGAUACGACAUAAGGACAACCAAUCCUGCUGAAUCUAUCAACUCUGCUUUGCGUUCACCGAGAGAGUAUCCAGUCAUCCCUUUGUUAGACAGUAUCAGGGAAAUGUUAACACAAUGGUUUUAUGAGCGUAAGAAACUGAUUUCAAAGCAUAAACAUCCUCUGACUAAAGAUGUAGAGAAAAAAAUAGAGAGGAGAAUCGGGAAAGGCGCCACAUUUGUAGUUUACCCUGUCAGUGCUGGUCGAUUGCUUGUUAGAGGUGAUAAAUUCAACUGCUUAGUUGAUUUGGAUAGAAGGACUUGUUCAUGUGGAAAGUACACCCUUAUGAAUAUCCCUUGUAGGCACGCAAUUAAAGCUGGUUUUCAUGUUGGAAGAGAGCCACACACAUUGACUGAUUUGAUGUAUACUACAGGAGCUUGGAGAGAAGCUUAUGAAGAAAGCAUAAAUCCUAUUGAUGUUCCUGAGGAUGCUUGGUCUAUACCAGAAGAUGUUAAGAAAGUCAUUGUUUUACCACCAGAGACAAGAAGAUCAGUUGGAAGAAAAGAAAACGCAGAUAUGAAACUGCGGAAGACAAAAUUCGGUCAUCGCAAAUGUCACGAAGAAAGCAGCCUCGGAAGUGUAGUAGAUGUGGUAUUAGUGGGCACAACAGAGCAACUUGUCAAGUACCAAUAUAGUCAGUCAGAAAUGGUUGAUCUGUUCAAGUAUGCAAGUGGUGGUAGAUGGUGGUGGUAG